AUGAACCCAAGUCGGCGCGCAUACUUCGAAGAGCGCUACAACACAUGGGAGCACGAGUCCACGCCGCCGUUCCACUACGGCACGCACUACUCCACCGCCGCCUUCGUGCUCAACUGGCUCGUGCGAAUCGAGCCGAUGACGACGAUGUUCCUGGCGCUGCAGGGGGGCAAGUUCGACCACCCCAACCGGCUGUUCUCCUCCAUCGCCAUGUCCUGGAAGAACUGUCAGCGGGACACCUCUGACGUCAAGGAGCUGAUCCCUGAGCUGUUCUUCCUGCCCGAGAUGCUUGUAAACAGCGCAGGCUACCGACUCGGCCUGCCGGACUCACCGUCUGGAGACGUGAUCCUUCCACCCUGGGCCUCGUCCGCUGAGGAGUUCGUGCGGAUCAACCGAAUGGCACUCGAAUCAGAGUUCGUGUCCUGCCAGCUGCAUCAGUGGAUCGACCUUAUCUUUGGAUACAAGCAGAGAGGGCCCGAAGCCGUCCGCGCCACCAACGUGUUCUACUACCUAACAUACGAGGGCGGCGUCCGUCUCGACCAGAUCACCGAGCCCGUCACCCGCGCGGCCGUCGAGGACCAGAUCCGAAGCUUCGGACAAACCCCGGCACAGCUGCUCAGCGAACCUCACCCACCGAGGGCGUCUACUAUGCAUCUGGCGCCGCUAAUGUUCGCCGCGGCGCCAGAUGAUGUGUGCCUCAGGCUGAAGCUGCCUUCGAAUGCCGCUGUUGUUCAUGUGUCCGCGAACACGUAUCCGCAGCUUGCGAUGCCUGCUGCCGUUACGGUGAGCGCGGCGCGCGCGUUCGCGGCGCACCGCUGGGCGGGCGGCGGCUGCGCGCACGCCGGCGCGCGCCACGCCGCCGACCACGCCGCGCCGCCCGCCGCGCCGCUGCUCAUGGACCCUGUCUGGGCAAACGGCGGCGCCGCUGCGUUAGCCCGACGACAGCUCGGCGACAACUUCUCGCAGCGAGUCCGCGCGAGGACCAACUGCUUCGUCACCACGGUGGACUCGCGGUUCCUCAUCGCGGCUGGCUUCUGGGACAAUUCCUUCCGCGUCUUCUCUACAGAGACAGCCAAGAUCGUCCAAAUAAUCUUCGGCCACUACGGCGUCGUCACUUGCGUAUGCCGGUCGGAGUGCAACAUCACGUCCGAUUGCUACAUCGCAUCCGGGUCGGAAGACUGCACCGUGCUGCUCUGGCAUUGGUCCGCGCGGCACGGCGGCAUCGUGGGUGAAGGCGAGACGCCGGCGCCGCGCGUAACGUUGACGGGCCACGACGCUCCCAUUAACGGAGUCCUGGUGUCUGCUGAGCUAGGCUUGGUUAUUUCUUCAUCAGUCAACGGCCCCGUCCUGAUCCACACGACGUUCGGCGAGCUGCUGCGCGCGCUGCCGGCGGCGGAGGGCGUGGCGGCGCCGCGGCAGCUGGCGCUGUCGCGCGAGGGCGUGGUCGUGGUGGCCUACGCGCGCGGCCACCUCGCCGCCUACACGCUCAACGGCCGCCGCCACCGCCACGAGACGCAUAACGACAACUUCCAGUGCCUGCUCCUGUCCCGCUGCGGCGAAUACCUAGUUUGUGGAGGCGACGCGGGCGUGGUGGAGGUGUGGCGCGCCUUCACGCUGGCGCCGCUGUACGCCUUCCCGCCCGCCGGCGCGGCCGUCUGCUCGCUCGCGCUGUCGCACGAUCAGAAAUUCCUGCUCGCGGGUCUAGAGAACGGUUCCCUCGUGGUAUUCCACAUCGACUUCAACCGCUGGCACCACGAAUACCAGCAACGCUACUGACUGCAGUAACCAACUACAGUAAACCCGGCUGCAGUAGUCACCGACUGCAGUGCGUGUAAUUAAUUCAAUUAAAUCUCUAGUUAAAUAUUACGAAUGAAUUUAGUACUCGCGUUAGUUGUUUCGUUUGUCGCUUGCGGCGAUUACGAACGCGAUUAAGGCAGGUUCACUCCGAUAGUACCUCUCAUGUGACUUUAUGAAAACUUUAGCAUGAAGCUAGUCGAAUAAUUUGAUGACUAUCUCAAUAUUCUUAGUCAAUUCUCAAAGGGAUUUCAAAUGCAAAGGUGUGUCCCGAUCUAGUUUGUUGUAGAUUGCGCACUGUAUGCGAACCUUGCACGAGUUGCGCAAGUCAGGCGCGCAAUCUAAAGCAAAAUGCUUGCACGUUCGCUAAAUUUGGACACAUCACACAUGUGUGGUACUAAAACGAGGUAUUUAAAGUAACACUAUUUACACAAAGCGGUGUAUUUUAUUCGCAACGAUAUAAUCGCCCUGGAAUUAAAAAUGGCUUGAAAUGAUUUAGGUAAUGUUAAAGGGCUUUCGUGUAAAUAGUGUAGUGUUAGAGCAGUAAUAUAAGGUAACGUUGACGUCACUGGUUGUAAACUAUUUGAUAUUUUGUGUGAGCCGUAGCAAAAAGCUAAUUUAAUUAACAUUUACAUUCCAUUUUCAAAGUAUUAUUUUAAUUUUAUUUUUGUGAGUAGAUUAAGUUUACAAUAUUAUUUAAUAUUUACAACAUUUAUUGAAGAUUAUUUAGUAGUGCCAUAGGAUAAUGUUUUAAUAAUUGACUUAAAGUAUUGUAUGUACUUAUUAUAAACGUACGAUCUCCAACGAUUGGCGUCCAUUUAAUCGGUUGACAUAAUAGUUAAUUAAUGUACUUAAUUUAUACAUUUUGGUGCAAUAUUUAUAAUUUAUUUACAGAUUAUUAUUGUAUGUAUUAAUUAUAAAUUGUAUGGUAUUAUUUCAGUAUUGAUCGAUAUAAAUAUUAUUUCAAUUAAUUUUAUUGCAAUAUCUAUUAUAAGCUUGGGAAUUUUCCGAUCAAUUUCAAUAUAUGUUUUGAUAAGAAUUCAAUCUGUUCUAAGUGUACUUAACUUGUCUUUAAGAAUCAUUUUUGCAGCUCCUUCUAUUUAUUACUUCUCUAUUCUUGUUAUAUUGGUGAUGGGCUUCUUGUACUUAAUUAUUGUAGGAAAUUAUUAAUUUUGUUUGUUUAAGAUUUUUGGUUUUUAUUAAAUGGUUAUACAAAUAUUUUA